CGCGCUGAUUGGUCGCUUCAACAUGUCUUAGUAGUGCAAGGAAUCGCGGCGUGCCGACGAGACAGCGAGAGACUCUGGAGUCUGGUGCCCAUGCGCACAGAUGCGCUGCCUGUGCGCAAUUUGUUAUGAGAGGACGCGCGACCUUGGCGAGCUGGAUGCCUGCCUGCACAGGUUCUGCUUUGAGUGCAUCUCACGAUGGGCCCAGACGGAGAACCGGUGCCCCAUGUGCAAGGAGCGCUUCAUCGUCAUCACCCGGAAGCGCUUGCCCGCGGGGCCCGUCGCAGCAGCCCAGCAAGCAGCGGAGGCGGCAGCGGCAGCGGCUGACACGUCGGUGGGAACUGCCGCUAGCAGCAGGGGUGGUAACGCAGGCCGCGGCCGCAAGCGCACGCGCCAGCAGGCGGCGGAAAUAGACACACCAGGAGCUACUGCUGCUGGGGAUGCUACUGCCAGUGGCGGCGGGGCUGGCGGGGGUUCUGACGACGACUCAGAGGACCCGGACGAGGCCGAGGGGCCGCCCAAGCGGCUGAAGGGAACGGUUGUGGAGACGCGCGUUGUGGAGGACCGCAAACAGCGCUGGCAGCCUGCGGACCUGCUGCUGCUGAACCUGCAGGAGCUGUGCUGCCAGGUGUGCCGCCGCGGGGACGACGACACGCGGCUGCUCAUCUGCGACGGCUGUGACCGAGGCUACCACACCUAUUGCGCGGGGCUGGAGGACAUCCCGGAAGGCGAGUGGUACUGCACCCAGUGCGAGCAGCAGCGGGCGGCUCUGCUGCAACGGCGGCGCGGCCGCGGCCGUGGGCAGGGCAGAGCUCGUGGCGGGGCGGUGGCUGGCAGGGGAGCGGCUGCUGCACGUGGCCGUGGCGCAGCCGGCCGAGGGGCUGGGCGCGGCCGGCGGCGUGGCGCCGCAGCUGCAAAGGUGGAUUCGGACUCGGACGUGGUGCUUGUCCCGGACGAGGAUGAAGACGAUGAUGUGUACGGCACUGCUGUGGGCCUUGAUGAUGACGAGGACGGCUAUGGCGACGAUGGCGCUGGUGGCGGCGGCGACGAGGAGGCGAUCUGGGUCAGCGAUGGUGACUCAGAGGAGGAGGAGGGCGAGGGGGAGGAAGGCUGGGCUAGCGACGAAGAAGUCGCGGCGGGCGCGGAGAUGGCACCCGGCACAGGCGCGUACGGCAAUGCUGAUGAUGACGCCGGCGAUGCCGUGGGUACGGCAGCGCGUGGCCGCAGCCGGGGCCGCGGCAGCCGUGCCCGUGGCCGUCGGAGAGCUGCCAGCAGCUCCCGGAGCCGCCGGGGCCGCUCCACGCGCGGCCGCCGGACCAGCCGCAGCCGGCGCGGGCGCCGUGGCGCCAGCAGCCGCGCCGGCGGCGGCCGGCGGCGGGCGGACGUCGCGGACGAUGCCGAUGCGGUGGUUCCGCGCGAGGAGCUGCGGGAGCGGCUGGGCACGGCGGCAGAGGCGCGGGCGCGGGUGCAGAUGAAUGCGGCGGUGGCGGCCGCGGCCGCGGCGGCGCUUGCGGGUGGUGACUUGGACGAGGUGCCGCUGUCGCAGCGGCGCACGGUGGGGCGCGUGCGGCUGUUCGCGGAUCAAGUGCGGGUGGAGGUGAUGCGGCGGCAGUGGCAGGACCUGCGAGAUGAGGAGGCGACGGCGUUUGGGCGUUCCACCCUGGGAACAGCAUACCGCGCCCAGCAACAGCUGCAGCCACAUGGUGGGGCGGCGGGAUCAGGGGCGGGCCCGAGCGGCAGCAGCUCCGGCCCAGCUCCGAGUUUGGCUGCUGCAGCUGCGGAACGCAACGCGGCACGGGACCGAGCCCUGCAGGCGCUGCGGGCGCAGCGCUCCGCGGAGGCCGCGGAGGUGCGCGCCGCCGCCGCGCGCCGCCGUGCGGAGAGCACGGCCGCCGCGGUUGCCGCCGCCUCCCUGCGCAACGAUUACGGCGCGUACGGCUCAUCAGAACCGCUGCCGCCGCCCCCGGGGCUGCUGGGCGCUGCCUGUGUCGGGCUCGGGGUCGCUGGCGCUGCUGCUGAGGGCCCGGAUGUCGGGGUGGUGGAGUCUGCGUUCAACCUGCUGGACCGGAUGCGGGGUGUCCGCCCACCCGGCCACAACAGCAGCAGCGCUGCCGGCAUCGCGCCAUCAACCGUCAGAGCCGCGACGGUACCCGCAGCCGCCGGUUGGGGCGGACGUAGCAAGAGCAACGGCCGGGCUGUCGCCGGCACGGCCAGCGGAAGUAGCCGCAUCCCAGGCGUCCCGCCCCGAACCGCCGUCGUCAGCAGCACAUCCGGCAGCACAAUGCUGGGCGGCGGGCCUGUGAAGCCGGCUGUAGCAGUUGGCGGCCCCUCGGCCCAAGAGCUGCUGCGUACCGGGGGCCUGCGGGCGCUGGUGGGUGGGUUCAAGCCACCGCAGCCCAUUACCGCCGCGCAGCUGGUGGUGCCGCCUGCCUUUGCGUCGGCGCGUCCCCCUCCGGCUCCGACCGCUGUCGCUGCCAUUAUCGGCUAUGGACCGCUGGCUGCCGCCACGAGUGGUGUGGCAGCUGCGGCAGCGGCUGCUAAGCCGCUGACGCCAGAGAAGGUGGCGAGGCCGGCCGGGGAUCGGGCGGGACCUCAGGACCGGGAAACGCGGGCGCCGCCACCGCACUCGGCGACCGCGGCAGAGGCAGCUGCACUCGCAACCAAGCCGGCGUCCAGCCCCGCGGCGGACGCUUCAGCCACAGCGGCCCGUGCUGCGCCUGAAGGAGCGGUUGGCCGCGUUGACUUUACAGCGGACUUACCGCAGCGGCUUCCGCAGGCAGCUGGGCCGCCGGUUGCGCCUGGCGCUGCCACCGACUUCAGCUUUGUCGGCGGCAUCGAGUCCGGUGGCGCAGGAAGGCCGCGCAUAAAGCAGGAGCCGGACGAGGUGCGCAAUGACCGGGCCGGCGCGGCAAGCGGCAACGGAGGAGACCAAGAUGGAAUCCAAGGCGCAGCGAAUGGGAGCCAGUGUCAUGCUGGGGAGCGGUCCGAGCUGCCAGCUGGUGAGAGGCAGGCAUGCGCAACUGUACCUGGGACCCAGGAGGUGGAGCUGCGUGCAUCGGAACCUGGAGCCACGCAGCUGGAGACUGCUGCUGGCUCUGUGGCGCCUGAAGGCCACACACGGCAGGAGCCAAAGCUGCCGCCUGUCGUUGGCCGUUCGAAUGAGCAGGCGGAGGAAGCUGGGCAGGAGAUGCAGCAGCAGCACCCGUCGCAUCAUCGGCCGCAACAUGUGCAGCAUGUUGAGGACUCGCAUAAUCACCACCAGCCGCACCGCGAUCGCCCUCACAACCUAGCACGCAGCCCCGGCGCGCCCGGCGCAGCACAGCUGGAGGAUGGUGAGAUCCCGAGCAACUGGCACGCCGACGCCGAGGCCGCGGCCGCAGCAGCAGCCGCAGCACGGAAGGCGCUUAAGGCCGCGGCAUAUGAGGCCGUCAAGCCUUUACUCAAGCCCCUGUACCCGACCCACAUGGACAAGGACCGCUACAAGCUGGUGGCAGCUGCCGCGACGGAGGCGCUGACAGCGCAGGCGGCGGCGGCGGGUGUGGACGCGGUGGCACUACCUGGUGCUGUUGCGGCGGCGGCAAGGGCCGGAGGGGCCGGCGGCGUGGGUGGAGGCGAGAGAGCAGGGGCGCUGGCGGGCGGGGCCGCGGCGGCGGUGGAAGACGCGCUGGCGGGUGUGGGCCUGGGGCAUUUGAUGCACGUGUAGGGGGGGGGCAGGCGCUCGAUGCAGGCAGGACUAGGUCGGCCCACUGCAGGCGGUUUGCUCGUGCGUUCAUGCGGAGAGCUGGAGCGCAGGAUGCUACCUGAACGGACUCAUUUAUGUUUGUUGUGGCGCUGGGGGCUUCGGUUCCUGGCAGUUGUAGUUGCAGUGGGAGCAAGGUGUGAAUGACGGCUGACAGUUCGGGAUCCUGGGC